AGAAGUUCAGUUUCUAAUAAAGGGAGAUCUAUUGCCUCCUCUUUUGCCCUCCAAGGGGGAGGAGGAUCAGGGAGAAAGGGAGGGCCAAACAAUACAAAAAGAAUUACUGCAGGAACCCUAGGGAUUAUAAUUAGCGAGUUAACGGCAAAUUAAGAUGCCGGUGUCACGUGGCGGCAAGGCCGCUUCGUCGAAGGCCGACCCCUUCGACUCGGACUCGGACUCGGACCUGGUCCCGAAGAAGAAGCCGGGGGCGUACACGGCGCCCAGCGGCGCGGCGAAGGCGCGGUACAAGGACGACUUCCGCGACUCGGGCGGGCUGGAGCAGCAGUCGGUGCAGGAGCUGGAGAACUACGCGGCGUACAAGGCCGAGGAGACGACCGACGCGCUGGGCGGCUGCCUCCGCAUCGCCGAGAACAUCAGGGAGGACGCCGCCAACACGCUCGUCACCCUCAACAAGCAGGGCCAGCAGAUCAGCCGCACCCACGAGAAGGCCGUCGAAAUCGACCAGGACCUCUCCAAGGGCGAGUCGCUUCUGGGGAGCCUUGGAGGGUUCUUCUCCAAGCCAUGGAAGCCCAAGAAAACAAGGCAGAUCAAGGGUCCAGCCCAUGUCUCGGAUGAUUCCUUCAAAAAGAAGGCGAGCCACAUCGAGCAGAGGGAGAAGCUAGGGCUGAGCCCUAGUGGGAAGUCGGCUAAUCGCAGCUACGCCGAGCCUACCACCGCCAUGGAGAAAGUUCAGGUGGAGAAACAAAAGCAGGAUGAUGCCCUAGAUGAUCUCAGUGGUGUGCUUGGGCAGCUCAAGGGCAUGGCUUGUGACAUGGGUUCAGAGCUUGAUAGGCAAAACAAAGCGCUGGAUGAUCUGCAAGGCGAUGUGGAUGAACUCAACUCGAGGGUGAAAGGAGCAAACCAACGUGCACGCAAGCUAAUCGAGAAGUAGGCUGGAAACAUGGGACGAUCAGCUUUGCCUAAUUGCCUUGAUCUGCAGUGCAUUGGGGAAAAUGUUAAAAGAGUCGUCCUCGCUGGCACAGCUUCUGCUUAUCAAUUAACUGGGUUUUGUUUUGUAUUACCGGGGGCAUAUAUAUUUUUUCUGUUUCUUAAUUUUCACGAUGGCUGUUUUCUUGACGAUCAAAGUUGUAUACUGUAUGUACAUAUAUGAGAAAGAGAAAUUACAUAUUGUUGACAUCAAAAGAUGCUGUCUUACUGAA